AUGGGUCCCGGAGCCAGGAUCCAUGAGCAGGAAAAAAUCCGUCAGUGGAUAAACAGAACCUCCUCCCUCCUGGCGUUCCCGCUGCUGUCGCUGCCCCGCCGCCAGCGCACGCUGCUCGUGCUGUGCGGGCCGGCCCAGAACGGCGCCCUGGGGCUGGUGUGUGCCCGCCACCUGCGCACCUUCGAUUACGAGCCCACCAUUUUCUACCCCAAGCGCUCCCCGGACCCUCUGUUCCGCGAUUUCACCACGCAGUGCGAGAAGAUGGACAUCCCCUUUCUGUCCUACCUCCCCACCGAGGUGCAGCUCAUCAAUGAUGCUUACAACGCCGUGGUGGACGCGGUGCUGGGAGCUGAGGUGGCCGAGGUGGCCCAGGGGACAGAGCCGUGCGCGGCCAUGCUGGCCACGCUCAGGCACAUCCGAAUCCCCAUCGUCAGCCUGGAUGUCCCCUCAGGCUGGACGGCCGGCCCUGGUGACAGCGGUGACAUCAGCCCGGCCGUGCUGGUGUCGCUGGCGGCCCCCAAGGAGGUGGCGCGGCGCUUCCAGGGACGGCGACAUUUCCUGGCCGGGCGCUUCGUGCCCGAGGAGCUGCGGCGGAAAUUUGGGAUCAGCCCGGCCGAGUACCCGGGCAGCGACUGCGUGGUGGCCCUGUGA